AUGUGGCUGGGUUUUUUAACAUUUUUAGUAGAAAGCCUGCUUUGCUUAACUGCUGAAAGCAAUGGGCCCCAUUCAUCUAAUUCUCAGCACGGAGGCGGAUCUGUGACGGUAGAUAUUACAACUCUUAUAACUGUCACUGUCAACCCGAAUGCCAGGUCGCUCAAUCUUGCAACUCCCAAGGAGCUUGCGCCCAUUAGCACUGAGCCAGAUCAAACGAGCUGGGCUGGACCAGACCAGUAUUCAUCUUCGUGUGAUGAUACUUCGUGUUUUAGGCGUAUGUUGGCUCAACCUACUCAGGCGCUAUCAUUCUGUGGAACAUUUGCAGCAUUUAGCGACUCCAGAAGUUGUGAUUAUAGCAUCCAUGUACCAUAUGCAGGUGCAUCGGACUUCUAUGACGCAUGUUCCACUGAAAGUUCUCGAAUCUCCAGUGCUUGUUCUUGCUUAGAUCAAAGGACAUCUAUUUCCACGACUAACACCGUUGUCAACUCAGGAAGAGGCGCUAGUGUAGUUUCAGAGAUCAUUUCCGAAGUUCUGCUUUCCUCGCCUGCUUCGGCCGUUCCUGCUACCCACAAAUCGAUAUCAAUGGAACAAAUGCCAACAUUUUCAGAUGCUGCAGUACAGGAUAUGAUGGCAGGCAGCAGUUUAGCUGCUUCAUUGGACAUACUACCAACUGCUUCUCUUACAUCGAUUCAGCGCAUGGAUCUUAAAAGGUCACCCGCCGGAGCUUUAGAGUCUCUGAACAGCGAUUCGUCCGCUCAGUCGAUCUCCGCAUUACUCAAUACUGUUACUCUCAUAUCCACCUCAACUGGAGUGGCGUUGGAUGGCUCUGAUUAUACUACCAUUAUCAGUACGGUAGUCACCUCUACUGUGUCCAAUUCCCCCAAUAUCUUCUGCCCUGAUGAGUGCGACAUUUCGCAACCCGAUCUCGCAGAGUGGGCCCGCUGUGUCACCUCUACAGGCAGUGCACAGAAUGCACCCGACUCAAGAACCCGUGUAUUCAAAUCGACGAAACUAGCUUUUUUUAUGCCUCCAAACCUGAGCGGUGCAUCUCUUGUCAACCAGCCUAUGUCACAAAGUCUCACAAUCGUAUCGGGUUCAGCAACUACUUUGAACGUGGGUUCUUUAACAACAAACGUCGCCGGAUCGGUAAUUCCAACGGCAGUACCAACCAUGGCGACUCCAGGAGGAAUUCCAAUCGUACCAAUUCCGAUCACAAACUUACCAUCAUCUAUCGAACCUAACGCUCCUCUAUGCAGCUUUCGCGCCCAAAAGGAGCCUCCUUAUCGUCCACCAAACGACCCAGAAAGUCUGCCGUAUGACCCGAGUUGGCCUCUAUGUACUUUUCGUCUACAGCAAAUUCCUCUGUGUCGGCCACCUCCUACUGCAGAUAGCUUACCCUUUGACCCCGCUCUGCCUGUCUGUGUUUACAAAUCUCAAACCACCCCUCCCUACAAGCCUCCAGCGAACCUGGAGACUUUGUUACCCGAAAACUUUUGUUUAGAAAAUCCUUGGGAUCCCAAAUGUCCUUCACCACAGUUUGAAAAGGCGACAUCUGACAUUGGAUCAUAUUCAAUUUGCUCCUUGCCAGAGUCUCGCUUCCACUCGCUGUGUAUGAGUGAUCCUGGCGUUACGUCGACUAUAACAAGUGUACCUUCUGAUAUGUCAGCACAAGCAAUAUCGAGUCCCACUAUCACUUCAAACGCUCUGAUUACGACAACCGACGACGAUGGGCAUUUGGUUGUAGUUCCUUAUAUAUACAUCCCCCCUAUUAUAGGCCAAUUCGCUGGCAUGGGCGUUAUUUUAUGGUGCAUGGUACCAAUUCCUAACGUUUCGUUUAACCUCCCUAAGCUUCCAGGCUUACCAAAGAUUCCUGGGCUACCAAAGUUCCCGAAAUUUCAUUUUCCAUGCGUCCCGAUUCCAUUCGUCAAGAAUUGUAAUACGCCAUCUGGAAGUCCGACUCCAGGCGGUGGUACCCAAGCCCCUCCUCCACCUCAACCUCCUGUAGUUGAACCGCCGGGAAAGAAUCAAAAAGAAGAGGAACCGGAAGAGGAAAAGGAUGAAGAAAAACAAGAAUGUACUACUCUCACUGCUACCAGCUGCUCUACUGGAGUUACCGCCCAGCUCGACACGAUGGGAUCAACGACGAAUUUAAUUACUACAAUAACCUGUUCUCCAAUUACCGCUUGCUUUGCAACUGGGAUUACUACAGCAGUAACGACAACCGAAAGUUGCGAGAAAGUCACUGCUACGAGCUGCUCUACUUUCCUGACGGUACUCAACGGGACAGAUUCUGUAACCAGAACUAUCACUAGUUCUACUUGUAUCGGAGUCACUGCUUGUGGUGCCACGGGAGCUUCUACCGCAACAACAACCACAAGUAGUUCAAAAGCCACUAGUCAGCCCUAUCAGAUACUGCCAAAUCCCACCGAUUACGUAACACUAGAUUCGUUUUCAAAAAUACUGAGGCAAGAGACGAAUGAAAACACACUAAUGUUUUUCGAGGAUGCUGCUAAGAAGACAGUGUUUGUUUGGUACCAAUUUCUCACUCCUGAGCAAGUGAAAACCUAUAAAGGUAAUCCAGCUGUUGCGGCUAUUCACCCCUACGAUGGAAGGUUAGGUGAUGAGUCUACUAUGGAACCAUCAUCGUCUGAUAACAAGCAAGCCGGUUCUAGAUUGGUAAAGAGACAAGUUCCACCUGCAAAUGUGCCUAUACCGGACACUUCUGCAGAACAGGUUAUACACGACUUUGCUGCUUAUACCGAUCUACGAGUCUUCUCACAAUCGCGGGGAACGCCUGAUGCCUUCUCCCUGAAAGCCUAUUCAUGGCGUGAAGAGACGAACCCACUGUUCUCGCAAUUAGAAGGGAGUCCUCGACCUAGAGUAUACGUUUUUGACACUGGAAUGGACAAAGAUAGCCCAACGUACCGCUCCUAUAGGCCUGGUCAAGUAGAAUGGAUACAUCCGGGCGGCCCCGAAGUACCUCAGGAGUGGGGCGCUUACGAGGUAGACAGAAGUGAGAAUGAUCACAAUUCAAUCGAUCUCAAAUGGCAUGGUACAUGUAUGGCGUCCAAAGCUGUUGGACAAAAGUUUGGUGUCUUUAAGAAGUCAGACUUGACGAUUAUACGCUAUCCUAGGCGUAUACUUACCCCCGAAGAAAGAAACCGGGGUGACAUUAAAAGGAAAAAAAGUGGAAAGUAUAGUGUUCUUAGCUGUUCCCACGGCGCAAGCCCGCGGGGUGGACUGAUUGCGCCCGAUGAUUACUUGUGGACCAACAAUCCAGCACAUGACCCCACUCAUCUUUGGAGACCGCUCUGGAACCUUUUUAAUGAGCUGUCUAAUGAAGGUGUCACACUUGUGGUGGCUUCUGGGAACCAUGGUACUAUGGAUCCAAAUGCUCCUGUACACGGUGAACCGUCAUAUUUACUAAAUAAUUGGCCGGCAAUAUUUAACGCCGAAUUGCCUAUUACUGUUGUGGGCUCCUCUACAUAUCAAGGCUUGCGUUCCCCUACUCAGCCAUACCUACCUUACCCUCGAUACUGGCCUCAUUCCCAUAUUAAUGUAUAUGCGCCUGGUUAUCCUACUCUUUGUGAUUUUGGUGCAGGAUAUCCCUCCGGCCAUGAGAAAUUCGGCUCUUCGCCUGCCACGGCGAGUGUUGCAGGUCUAGUAGCCUAUUUUUUGGGCACAACAGGGCAUGUAGAACGAAUAUACCAAAAGUGGUAUCUGGAGGACUCCCGGCAUACCGAUCGGUCAUGGGCCGAAGCCGUGAAAGCUUACCUUGUUGAGAUGUCUUACGUCAGAUUUUAUAAUCCGCAAGACACCUAUCCCGUCAACAUAGUUUGGAAUGGCGAACGUGACGCAGACUUUUGUCCAGUGCCUGGUCAGUCCAAACGCGAGGAGGGUAACUCGCUGAACGCAGGAAAUGCGAGUUGUAGUACUCUGUAUCGAAUUUUGCCAAAUCGUGUAGAUUUCGCAACACUGAACAAGUUCACAACUAGACUUAAAAGUGAAACUGAUGAAGCAAGGCUCCGCGUCAUCGAUGAUGGAUUAGAAAAGGUAUUCGUUUGGUAUCAGGACCUCACAGUUGAACAAGUGGAAGCCUAUAAGAGUGAUCCAGCCGUUGCUGCAAUUCUCCCUGGCCCAGGGCCAAGGUUGUCUUCAGAAUUCAGGUCUGAUGAUAUGGGAAAGUCGUGGCUGGAAAGGCAUUCCACGUCGCCAGCGACCGAUGUAUUUGGGGAAAAGACUAAUGCGAAGAGCAACUCGUCCCACCUAGUGAACAGACAGGUACCCUCUGACCCCGUACCGAUACCAGACAUCUCUAAAGAUGUCACAUACACCGAUGUCAACGCCCUCGAAGAUUUACGGGUCUUUUCACAACCAAUCAACAAACCCUUGUCGGAAUUAUUUGGGUACUCAUAUCGUAAUGAAAGCAACCCAAUGUUUUCGAAAGAGGAAAAAAGUCCUCGACCUAGAGUGUAUAUCUUUGACAGUGGAAUGGACAAAAACAGUGAAACUUACAAGUCCUUUGCUCCCGGGCAAGUCGAGUGGUUACAUAUAGAAGGCGAUGCGCUACGUCCGAACCUUGGGGUAUUCGAGACCGAUCCUCGUGAAGAUGAUUUCCACCCUAGGUUUCAUGGCACAUUUAUGGCUUCUAAAGCUGUUGGCGGAAGGUUUACUGUGUCCAAAAAUGCCACUUUAACGAUUGUACGUCGUCCGAAGCCGAUAUUCACCCAAGAGGAGAUAGAUCGAGGCUACACUGAAGACACCUUCCCAAUUCAGCAGUGCGAAUAUGCUCUGAGGGAAAUACUUAUAGACAUCAGACAGCGAAAAGCUGCAUUUACCAGUGUUAUUAGCUUGUCUCUGGGUAUCAGCGCAGGUGGCCCUAUUCAACCGAAAACAGCCUGGUCUACGAACCCAGCUGAUGAUCCUAUGAAUGAGUUCGCUCCUUUCUGGCGCACGCUCUAUUCGCUGUCGGAGAUAGGAGUCACCGUUGUUGUAUCUGGGGGUAAUUAUGCUUCAAACGACCCUAACAGGCCUUUCCAUGGGCCAGUUUCCUAUCAGAUGAGUAACAUGCCGGGAAUUUAUAACGACAAGAUCCCCCUGAUCGUUGUGGGCUCUGUUGAGAAUGAUGGCCGUCGCGCCGACUCUCAACCAUAUCUACCUUAUCCAGAUUAUUGGCCUAACGCGCAUAACGAUGUGUAUGCGCCUGGCGAGCCGAGUGUUUGUGACAACGGACCAUCAUUGCCUAAUGGCUACUCAGGUUCUGGCUCAUCACUUUCUGCAGCUAGUAUUGCUGGUUUGGCAGCCUACUACCUUGGUACACCAGGGCACGUAGAACGGAUACACGAAAAAUGGCUACAAGGAGAUCAGACGCCUAAAUCCUGGGCAGAAAAUGUGAAAGCUUAUGUUGUGGAAAAGUCCUACCAAAGGCUUGACGGACAACCGGGACCACCUGUCAAUGUAGCUUGGAAUGGCGAAGCACCUCCGGAUACCUGCCCAAUUCCCCCUUCACGAAAACGUCAGGCAGACGAUUCGAAAGAUAACAAAGAUCCGAACUGUGAGAUGAUAUGGCAUGAGAUUUACCCUAAGCCUGUCGACCUGGCAAUACAGAAUAACUUUACAGCUAGAUUAAAGCAGGAAACUAAUGAAGAGACUCUAUAUGUUAUUGGAGGUUCUGGUUCUACUAGGGUAUACCUUUGGUACCAGGUCCUUACCCCCGAGCAAAUAGAAGACUAUAAAAAAGACCCGGCUGUCGCGGAUAUUAAGAAGGUAGAUCCUGGCUCUAUACAACUCAUCUCUAAUAAGAUUCUCGGUGCUCCUGGACCUUUAACCGAAGACGUAGCGAAUGGUACGAAAGGAGACGUCCCCGCUGUCAAUAAACGGAAGCUUCCCACCAACCCUCUCCCAGUACCAGACACUACUAGAGAUCCCAUCAUCGUCGACUCUGAUGCACCUGCCGAUUUGAAAUUUAUCUCCCAACCUCGCAGCGGUCGCUUAUCAUCAGAUUUGAGUCCCAGCGUUCCCUUAGAAGAUUUGCGUGGCUUUGCUAGGCGUGAAGAAACCACCCACCCAAUAUUUCCGGAGCACCCAUGA